UUUGGCGCCAUCCAAGGCGCCAUUUUUCACCAAGGCGCCGUCAAUGAUAACCAGUUGAACGGAAAGCGAUUCCUUCGAUGCCCAGCUGCCGUUACAGUGAGCCUUUUGAAGCGUCUUAUUCGUGGAAAAUACGGGCUAGAUACUAAUCACGCUCUAGAUAUUCUCUGUGGAGACUCUUUUCUGUGCGACGAAUAUUCCCUAGUGGACCUAGCUUACAUCUAUAACUGGCGGCGGAAAGGUCCCAUGAGACUGAAGUAUCGUAUUUACCAAAAGGUGCAGAAUUCCACUUCUCUGACCAAUGGCACCUGUGUUAAUGAAGAACUUCCACAAAAAAUUCCAACAACAAACAAACAAGAGACGUUGGACGAGGAGAAAAAGAUAACGAAUGAAGUCCAACUUGAAAUCAGUGAAACUACUAUGAGUGUCUUGAAUGUAGUUGCAAGAAAUGGCAUUACAGAAGAUAUUGACGCCCGGUUUCCAGUUCUGUCAGCGAAAAAACCGCGAUCUGACGAGAAAAAUUCUCCUUCGCCCAAACCAGAGCCGGGCAUUGAAUCAGCGCCGAUACAGAUUCCCACCCUUUCACCUCCUGAUAUUUCUGUUAAUAGCAAACCAGAAACCCCGGUGGAUUGUGCGACUUCUAUUGAUGUCAAAACGGGAGUUCCUGAUGAAGUAAAAAAGGCGUCUGAUGUUAGUGAGAGUUCUACUGCAGCUACGACGGAAAUCGCUGGUAAUUCUUCUGUCUCACAUCCCGUUGUAUCGGUUCGCAAUAAACUCACUGUGUUAACGGUUUCUCAGUCAAAAAGACAACCAUCGCCCAGUUUGGCUGCUGAGGAUGCGGCUGCUCGCCUAAAGCAUCUACUGAACCCCAUUUCUUCAGCAUCUGGUACAACGACGUCCCAAUCUUCUAGGGACAGUUCUAUUCAGCCACUAAGAUUUCCAGCUGCAGCAUGGCUUAAUCUGGCGAGAGGGGUGCCAAAUCGCCCAGCUCCGCUAACACUAGCAUCAGGCUCGCCAUUUAGCAAUCGACCUCCGAUUUCGCCAGCUCAUUUCAUAUCCAGCUUUAUAGCCUCCCACCCGCAUUAUCCCUACCUCUCUCCGUUGGGUCUUCCUCCUCCAUCGGAUGGAAAGAAAUCUCUUCCCUCUUCGACGGCGUCGUCGUCAUCAUCGUCGUCUUCUUCGUCAGCCGUUUCCCAGCAAACGCACAAGUCGACCAGCCCAAGGACGUCUAACAACUUCCCCACACCUACUUUUAACCUGAAUGCUUUACAGCAGUGUACUUACCCAUCGAGCCUGUCCCCUUUGUUACCAAAUCUUCCACGUGAAUUGGUCGGUUCAUUUUACCAUUCAUCGUAUGUCCCUCGGCCUUUCAUGUCAAAUCGUGGAAGCCCCCACAUUUCUCCAAAAUCUCUUUCUUCUUCUUCUUCAUCUGUUAAUAACAAUAGUGGUGGAGGUUUUCAUCCCUCUAUGCCUCCGACUGUGACGACGACGACAACCAACAGUCCUUCUUCUACGACGGGAAAGAAAUCAUCGCCUGGUUUACGACCGCUUGUACCCCGACGAACUGUUGCCCCACCUCCCCCUUUAGUACCUAUUGGGACUACCCCUAGUUCUGUGCGUUCACCUCCAACACUUCUCCCCAUUAAUGAAGUCGUCGAAAAAGACUUGUCUGCUGCUAAAACAACCCCUUCUCCCACAGCUUCGAACUGCAAAACAGUCGUGGAAAGCAUUGUUACUCGGAUGGACGAAGACAUCAAAAGCGACGCAGCUUCUAAACCGAGUGAUUGCGAACCUGUUACAGCUGAACAAGAAAAUCAACAUUCUCCUCGCCAAGAAAACGGCAAAGCAGAAGUGGAUUGUGGGAAAGUCGAUGCUCUGAAAAUAUUGCCAUCCGAAUGUUCGGUUAGUAAAACUGCGUCGGAUAAUGUCAAUUCAGAACUAGAAAACCAAUCAGAUUCCAAGGUAGAAGUUGCUGCCACGACUCCGUCUUAAAGCUCCAAAAGAAAAAAGACGAGCUCACCAGUGAUGGGAAGUGUGCGUAGCGUCAUUUUGUACAUAUCCAAUAAUACCAAUAUCCGGCUACUUCGCCCACUUCCUAAGACAAAUUUCAGUAUAACGUAAGAUCUGAUCUAUUAUUUAUCAUUAGACCGUUUUAUUGAUUUCAGUACGGCGGCAACUUUUUCAUCCCUUGUAUUUUCUUUUUUUCCUCGUUUCACCUUCUUCAUCCGCAACUGUAUGCGCGGCUUUAUCGCCUUGUGGUCACGUUCAAUCUGUAUAGAAAGAGUGCGAUAUUUGUACACUGAGAGAGUGGAGACGAAGGUCUUCAAUGCCUUCGUAACUAUCACUGUACUUCGUGCGUUAGUUUGUUUCCCUUUUUUUGUAAUCCUAGUUUUAACUAAGGAGAAUACACGAGAAAAUUCGAUUAUAA